AUAUAAAGCCCUCUAUCAUGUAAAGUGCUACAAGUUAUCUCUAAUCCACACAACUCUCCCCAACCAUUUCUUUUCAUCUGCACAUUCCUAUUCUAUUUUCUCACUCAACAGGAUCUAACAUGUUUAGAUCCACUAGUACUCGAGGAGGGCCUUCCAAGUAUGAGAGAUUAGAAAAAGAACUUGCUGACAAUGGAACUUCAAAUGAGGAGUUUAAGAGGAGCACAAGUUUGCCUUCUCGGGCUAUGGGUUCAACCUUUCGAGACAUCAAUCUACAGAGAAACCCCACAAAAAAUGCCAAUAGUAAACCUAAGGAGAAGAAGAGUCACCCACUCUUCAGCUUCUUUGAUCUUCGCCGGAAGAAGAAAACAACAGCUAGGCCUGAAUUUGCGAGGUAUCUUGAGUAUGUGAAGGAAGGAGGCAUGUGGGAUUUGAAUUCCAAUAAACCUGUCAUGUAUUACAAGUGAUAGUUUGCUCAGCUUUCAAACUCAAGUGUUAGUACUAUUAUAUUUGUUGUAAGAUUUAGAGUUUGAUUCUCAUAUCAAAUUGUCAUAAGAUGUAGAGCAAAAUGGAAGUGUGAUUUUGUUCUCGAUCGAUAAUAUAUAUAUAUAUAUAUAUAUAUAUAUAUAUAUAGAAUAUAGAUGAAUCAAUUGCAAACAUCAAGUUCACCUUCCUAUUGCUUCCAGUUGGAUUUGAAUCAUUUGAUGACAUAAAUUUAUGCUUUAACAUAUA